UGUUAUUGGCCGUGUGCAGCAGAGGCUUCCGUUGUUCCCGCCCGUCUUUCUUUACAAACCGCUGCGUCUACUGUACGGGUUUCCGAGCUACAGUUUAAUGAAUAGAUUACAGGCGUUAAUCCAGUCUAAACUGCGCUGUUUUACCCUCCGUCCCUUCAGCAGCUCACCUGUGGACAAGUUCAGCUCUCACUGAGAACAGAUGAAGCACCAUCAGGACGCCGGUUUGUUGCUAUGGCUCUGGGAGCUGACAGAGCCUUUCUAGAGACCUCCUCCUCUCAGAUGGACUACAGGAGUUCUAGUUCUGUGAGCUGGAAGAGCAGGAUACCAGGGUUCAUUCGGAACGGCCACAGAAGACCUCUCACACAGGAGGCUGGAGGUGGAUCAAGGCUGGGCCAUGACCUGGAUACUAGACAGGACUCAGACAGGGAAAGGAGUGCAAGCAAGAAGAGUGUUACGAUGGCACCAACAUCUAGAUAUAUGACAAGUAGAAGACUGUAUACUGCCAGAAAGCCACUUGUCACAGGAGAGCGGCAGAUUUCAAUUUUGAAGAAUCCUCUCACACAAGAGUGCUCAGAAAGAGUUGACAUGUGCAGUACGGACAACUAUCAGAAAGAAGUGGAAGGAGUGACAUCUAAGCUUUCACACACAUUUACUUCAGAAAGCACCAGUGUUCCCCGGUUCAUCACCUCUUCUCCUUCAGCAUCCCGAGAAGACCUUUACGCUUCUUUGAGUUUAUCAGAUCUUAGACUAUCUUCUUUUCUUGAGGAACCUGAUUUAAGCUCUGUGCCUUCAGCUAACAGAAAUGAAAGACGUAGCCUUUCUAGUCCUCCUGUAGGUGACUUUAGCCUUACAGUGCCCCUAAGCCCCAAGUGGAGUUCCACUCAGCGGACUUCAUUCUCUCAUUCCUACAGUUCCCAAACUCGUCCCUCCCAAAAGACACACGCUAACAUAUCUGAGCAGGGUAAAGAUUCUCUCCUUAAGACUGGCUCUUCACUGAGUCACAAAGACUACUCAUCUGAACCUAAACGGAGGUCCAACUAUCAGUCCAAUUACUGGGCAUGUGCCAUCCCGAGUUCUCUCCCACCCUCCUCAGAUCGUAGGUCUCCAAAUUGGGAUCCUGAUAAGGAAUAUCAGACUCUUCUGGACUACACAUACCCUCUUAGGCCCAACAUGGACAUCACCAGGAGUUCCAGUAAGAGUAGGUCCUUGUUGCAGACUGAUCCCUUCUUGCAAGACUCUGGCAUUGAGCUGGAUCGUUUUUGCAGCUCUUCCAGUCUUUCUUGCUUGGACCAGACCUUGGCUGGAAUACGGCAUACUAGAGGUAGUCCAGCUUCUGGCCAACGGUUAACUGAAUCACAGAGUCUGAACCUGAGGGAACUGUCACAUUCCAAAUCUUCAGAAGGCAGGCUGUCUAGUAGUCUAUUUUCCUCACUGGACCAGGUUGGUUUAUCAGUGGAGAGUCUAGACUGUGAGGGCAAACAGACCUUUCCUCACAGGAAACCUGGCAUCUCUUCUACGUCCAGGUCUGCUCCCACUUUCCUCAGGUCUACACGCCUUUUACCUCAUCAUGGGUCAUUUGGCGAGCUGGAUGAGGAGUUCCUCCGGUUGCCUGAACAGCUACAUGAACUUCAGGAUCUAUCUCUUCAAAUUAAGGACCUCACAGCCCAGAUGAAUCAGCCAUUCAAUACAAGCUGGGAAUCUCUGGAGAGGGAGAGUACUUCUGGCAUAUAUUCAGCAGCACAGGUGGAGCAGCCAGCAGCUGAACCGACAGUAUCUGCUUUGCAGGAAGAACAAGAUAUGGUUGGUUGUAGAAGAGACAAGCUCUCUGAGAAGCUGAAAGGACUGGGCGAUCGGGUGCAAAUGAUCAGCAGCGAGGUGAACAGAGGCAGCCUGAGAGAGGUGGGGACCAUCAUAGAUCAGCUGAGUGGUGCAACCUUGUCUGAACUUCAGAGGAUGACCGGGAAUAACCAGGGUGAGAACGAGACAAAGGAGUCUCUCCUGCAGAACAUACAGGCAUUCUGCUCAAACUUAGAGGAACUGAUUCAGUGGUUGUAUAAGGUGGUGGAGAAGAUGGAAGUGCUUUCCCCUCCUGCAGUGGACAUUGAUAGCGUUAAAGCGUCUCUCACUGACUACAAGAGUUUUCAGAAGGAGAUUCAAGCCCACCAGCCUCUUACUGCAUCUGUCCUGCAGACUGGAGAGAUGUUACUGUGCUGUAUGAACUCUGCCUCUCCCUCUCAUGGAUACGUCCUGCUGUUAGAACAUUCAGUAGUUCAGUGUAACCCGACACCCCAGUCCUCUCUGACAGAAACUGGAAACUACUACUGAGAGAAUUGGGCUGUGCAUGCAUGCCUUGAAGGCCAGUGUUGUUAUUGUUCUAUUUCUGACCAUUGUGGGUCUAUAUUAGUAGUACUCUGUGUUAUGCUGAAGAUACACAUCGUAGGGGUAUAACAGUGGACAUUGAUUCAGAGGGAAAAAUUCAGUUUACAAUAUUUUUAGUGUUAAAAUGUCCUAUUUAUGCACUGCAUUUCAAAAAAAAUUUCCAAAAUGGCAACAGGACUUUUAAAGAAAGUCCUCAUUUUAUGUUAUUUUGAAGAAUUUCUACUGGUGGUCAAUUUGUCAAGAAAAAAUAUAAAGCACAACUGAAAUAUACAGAUUAUGUCAAAAAGUUUUUUUUGUAACUGUGACAAAAUGCCAUUUAAAAAAAAGAAUAGAAAGUAGCUUGUAAACAGAGUGUCUGCAGAUCCUUAAAACAUCUUUAUAUGUCUUAACCCCUUCUCCAAAGAGAGUAAAAACAUUUCUGGUUUAUUUCCGUUCAUUACAUUUUGCAGACUAAGUGGAAUCAAUGGCAUUAUUUGAGGUUCAAUAUGGUGUAAUUUUGUUGUACGUUUACUACUUCCUUUUACUUAGUGGAGACAGUAAUACAUUAAAAUUCAACAUAAAACACUUUUAAAAACAAUUUUGCACUGGACCUUAUUUUCAAUUUAUUCAGUCCAUUUCUGUUUAUGCAAAAGUGUUCAUUGAUAUUUUUGUGAGAAAUAUUGUUUUGUCAGAAAAUAGAUGAAUCACAAAUUUAUUGCAAAGUCUGUAAACUUAAUAUUGGUGUUGUGCUUUUUGCCAUUUUGUUAUUAUGAAAUUGGUCUUUAUUUUGUGGGCUUAAAAGUCUUAAAAGGUCUGAAUUCAUUUCCCUGCUUCUGCAAAUACCCUGCAUACAAAGCAGUAUGAUCAUGACUUGUGAACAAUACAAUUUCCUAGCACACGGCGAGUGAAAAAACCUUGAAAAAUGCUGAGGGGAGUAUCAAUAAUAUAACUUUAAAUAUUUAGGUAUAAAUAUUUAUUUUAAAAAAAUAGUAUCUUUUCUAUUGAUUAUUAGUGUAUUAAAAUCAGUGUGCUCUUAAUAUUUACUUGAUAACAAAACACAUGGCCUGUUUACUAAUAGUAAUAGUCACUUUGUUUUAAUGUUUUUUUUUUUACUUCAAUCGUUGG